AUGUACUGGCUUCCGCAUGCAGAAGAGAUGCUUGCCAUGCCUGGACACCGGUCGCAUGUGACCGGCCCUCAUCUGCCCGUUGUCCCAGCAACAGUCUCACGGACACCGGUCACGCCCAACGGCCUCCGAGGCUCCGGCCAACUCAAAAGUCUGCUGCUCACGUCGGUUGCUGAGGCAGCCGACGCUGAACGCGUUGGUGAUAAAUAUAGUGAAGUGGGAUCGAUUGAUGGGCGUGGAGAGCGGCUGAAUUUGAGACGCAUAAAGAAGGGAGGAGAGAACAAUGAAGUGGAUUAA